AUGCUUUGGUUAGUUGGCGCCGUAACAACUUUCACUUGCGACCACCAGUACUUCGCCAAUCUCACUCUGCACCAAGCUGGGGACGAGGAAGACUGGAGAUGCAUCACCGGGCCCGACACGACCUGGAUCAAACACGACAGGGAGUGCCCUGAUUGCAGAAACCAAAUACCUCCCACGAGCCCAGUCAUCCUUUCUCGUCCAAUCAGUCCUUUGCUCACUGCGCCAGCCAAUCUCAAAGACAGGCGAGGUGUCCUCACAGAGUACCGUUGCGGGCAUCACAAAGUAUCCGCAGUAGCAGACGUGGGCAUCGUUCUUGGAGUCGACAAGCUCGGAUUCUUGUUGAUUCAAUCAAAACAUAGGUGCCCCCGGUGCUUCGCGCACGGAAUCGAAGAAAGCUCCUCAGACGAGCAGAGCAGCACCAGAAGCCAACCAGAGGAAACACCAUUCGUUCCAUUCGACGGACCCGACCUGGAGAUCGCCGACAACAUGGACAUGGCAACUCUGGCCAGGCAGACAAGACAAAGAGAGGCUCGCGCCACAUUCGAUUCUCCCCCCACCUCUUCAAGAAGAGACAGCAAAAGGGAGAAGGCCAAGAAGAUCGGUAAGUCGCUCUGGGGAUCAAUCAAGAAGAAGUUUUAA